GCGUUUUUGGCAAAGCCCUUGCCAUGAUCUGCAAACCAGAAAUUGUGCAUACAACCUCACCCUCUACUUCCUUCAGUCUUUCUUAUGGGCACUGCAAAAGGAAUUGGGCUCCAGGAGCUGCUGACACACAGGGAGCAGGAGCUCCGAGACUUUUAUAACGCCUUGGAAGAGAAAUUGCGGGAGAAGGGGAACGAGUGUCAAGAGUUGCGAACCCAGUUGAAAAGCUUACAGGACGACUUUCUUUACAACCUCAAUCUGUUGGAGGAACGCGACAAAGAACUCGAGCGAUCUGACACUAUAACCGACGGUUUGCAAACGGACGUACACGACAGAGAAUGCCGGAUAAGCGAAUUAAAGAUCUUGCUAAAUGAAAAGACCACCGCUUUGGCGAACCUGAAAUCGUUUCUGCAAACUCAGGAGCAGCAACAUCACGAUGUGGUUCGAAAACUUCAACGAGAGAAAGAGAUCCUUACCCAGCAUUACGAGGAUGCGAUAAAUGCGCGGGCGGAAGAGUUUGAAUUACAGCGAGCAGAUCUGAACCUGCAGCUAAAGACAGCCCAGCAGGGCAUUGAGUUGCAAAAAAAUGCCUUUGCUGUUGAAUUAGAGCAACUCAAGAGAAGCCAAGACAUCGAGAUGCGAGUCUUCAAGCAAAACUUAAGCCAACAAUUGAUUGAAGCCGAGCAUCGUGUUGCGUCCGCCAUCGCCGAGUUGACUGCCGUAAAGCUUGCUAGAGACAGUGUUGAGAAAAAGUUUCAAGAACAAUUGGAGAUUACUCGCAAUUUAGACAAAAAGGUUCGUGAACUGCAAUGGGAGGCGGCAGAUACGGCGAAGGCUACGACAGGGAGAAUUGCGGAACUUGAAGAACAAUUGCGACAGGCCAAAGUUGAUGCGUCGGAAGCCGCAAAGAAAUAUGAGGAAAAUUGCACCAGAUUGCGUCUGGACUUUGAAGACGAAAAGAAGAUCUUAGAACAGAGGAAAUCUUUGGUUGACGGUCAAGUCAGCCACCUGCACGAGCAGCUUGCGAAAGCAGUUGACGACUUUGCUGCGUACAGAUCAGAGAGCGAUGGCCGCUUGCGACAGUUAAAGGAGGCACUCUCGAGCAAGGAUCAACAGCUCCAAGCUUUAAAUGCAGAAAUGAACGUAGGAAGGAGCGAUCUUGACGCUAUUAUUCGAAAGUAUAAAUCCGAGUUAGCACACCGAGACCAAGAAAUGUCAAAGCAGCGAGAAUGCAUCAGGGAUCUGGAAACCGCGCUUAGUGCCAGCAGAAGAGAAACAGAGGCUUAUAAAGACGAAGUGGCAAAACGCUUGAUGGCAGAGCAAGCCCUUCAGCUCACUCUCAACCAGCAAAAGUUGGAGUGGGAGAAGCGCAUGGCCAAUCUUCAACGAAGGAAUACGCAGAGUCAGGAUGAUCUGGUCCGCUCACUUAUUGCAGCGAAAGAUGCUGCGGAGGCUCAAGUUAAGCUACUACGAAGCCGCCUGCAAGAACAACAUCGCUCAUCUUCAGUUAUGGAUUUCGGAAUGAACAUCAAUGCGCACAUGGAUUCUCGACCCGCAUCUACGCCUCCAGUCGGACCAGCCCAUACGAAUCGACACAGUACUGGAAUCACUUAUCGGAGUUCCAGCAGAGCUACGGGGAGAACGCGGUCACACGGACAUGAUUUGCGCGAUCUGAGCGACUUUUAUAAUUCAUCAAGCCAGGAUGUGGGAGGAAUGGCGGAACAUGAUCCUGAUGUCUUGCGACACCGCGUACAAGAGCUACGCGCCCAGAAUGCUCAAUUGAGUGACAUAAUUCAUCAAAUGAGAAACGACAUGGAAAGCAUGCAGCACGCUUUUAUGGAACAGGAAGCCCCCCCUCAUAGCGCCCCGCAACAUCACAGCAAGGAAAUUGACGAAAGUCACUUUUUGGACGAGUCUGCUCAUCUCCAUACACAGCUGAUCAAGCUCCAGACUCUCCUUACUCAAAAGCAGUCGCUAAUUGACCAAUUGGUAGACCAGCAACAGAAGCUGCAUCAGAAGAUGGACGACAGCAUCCGACUGAUAGGGGAUCGCAAUAAUGGAAGAUCGAGCGACCGAGAUGGCUCGAUGCAAAUAAUCACAAAGCUGCAACAGGACAACAAAAUCUUGAGAGAAAAGUUGGCAGAAGCUGUUACAGAUAUUCAGCGAAUGGCGGACGAGAAGGCGCAUUUGUUGGAGAUGAGUAAUACGUUGAAAGCUGAAGUGCGAUUCUGGACUGAAAAGGCAGCAGAUACAAGAGACGCUGCUACUCAAACGGUAACCGUCACGGAUAGCCGGAAUGCCCGGAGAGGUGUCAUUCCACAAUCCAUUAUGCCGCGUCCGGUCAAACAGAGUGCGCGUGCCACACAAAGCCAACUAGAAGUAAAGGAACGCCUUGUAGCAAAUCGACGUAUUUUAGUCGACGCUGUUACAGCUAUCAAGGAGAGAGAUGACUUGAGUCAGGGAGAGAAGGAGCAACUGCAAAAACUUGAACUUCGGGCACGGGGUGUCCGUAACUGGAAUGAAAGGAGUGAUGACGAAGGGACAUAGAUGACGCAUACGCUCAUUAGCCAAACGUAAAAUCAUGUCAAAUAAGAAGAUACAUCUCUGUGGAAAGUC